CUCUGCAUGUUGAAACAGGUGACUUCCGAUAUGAGAAUUCCAAAAGGCGCAAGCACUCUGUGGUCGGAUGGUUCUUCCCCGACGGGUUCGAACCGAGAGAGAGAUUCAAGCACGAUUUGGCAAUGGUUCGACUGUUGGAUCCCAUAGAAAAAACUAAGUCAAUCCUCCCAAUUUGCAAGGAGCUCACACCCUAUACGCCCUGCAAAGAGCGAAUGGGCGCGUGUGGGGUGGGAUCCAUCUCGGAUAAUAUCAAAAAUCUCAGCAAGACCCUUCAGGAGACGUAUUUCUUCGAGUCAACUAUGCUGUCCAAUUCAAACCCAUAUGACUUCCGUUGGUGCAGCUUGCAGAAUAUUUGCGUAGACAGCGGGAUUGAGGGCACAAGCAUAUGUCACUACGACGAUGGAGGUCCUCUCUAUACGUUCAAAAGUGGCACCCAGAAGCCAGAAUGUCUGUAUGGUGUGGCCAGUUACGCUCGGUCGAGCGGAGGUGUCCGUUGCAAAGGGGGCAGUUACUUCGCUAGUGUGCCUUUCUUCCACAAAUGGAUUGAGAAAAUGAUUGAAGAGUAUUGAGAGAUUUGCGAAAUAAUUUUCUUUUGAACAGAUUCAAAGUUUUUGUUUAUCAAAACUUUUUUGACGAAGUUUCAAAAAUUUUGAUAGAUGCUUAAUAUUUUUG